GCAGCACUAGAGAAGUGCCCCAGUGGAGUGUAGCAGCACAACCUGGAAAUGCAGCAACUUGAGUGCAGUGUAGCAGCAACUGAGACAGACUCAAGGUGCUGUGGCCCAGGGGCUGCCUGUGAAACCAGCUGCAAGUGGCAAACACAAUUGGAUGUAAAGCCCUGUUCCUUGCUGGAUGUGUCAGUAGCGGUCCCAGUGCUGUGGUCUGGCUGUCACCGUGCUGUGUGCUCCCUUCGAGGAGGCUGCGGACCUUUCGGAGGAGCAGCUGCAGCAGCCGCGGCCACGCCGGGACCGAGCAGAAAGGAUGGCCGGGGGGCGCCUCCCGGGGCUGCUUUUCAUCUUGCACGCCGCGGCUCGCCUGGCCGCCGAGCAAGAAGUUGAAAACCUCUCCGGGCUCUCCCCUAACCCCGAGAAGGACAUCUUCGUGGUGCGGGAAAACCGGACGACGUGUCUCAUGGCCGAAUUCGCCGCCAAAUUCAUCGUCCCCUACGACGUGUGGGCCAGCAAUUAUGUGGAUCUGAUCACGGAGCAAGCCGAUAUCCCGCUGUCGAGGGGAGCCGAGAUGAAGGGCAAGUGCGGCACGAACGAGUCGGAGCUGGAGCUCUCCUGGCUGGACCAAGCGUACACCCUCAAACUCUCCUUCCUGAAGGAGGGGCACAACACGUCCCGGGGGCCGGAGGCGUCCUGGAGACUCAGCCGGAUCCAGUUCACCUACGACACCUCCGAGCGCACCUACUUCAAGGAUGCCGUCAGCCCCGCGAAGCACACGGCCAGCUCGCAUCGGCUCUCGGCCCUGGUGACCCCCGCCGGGCACUCCUACGAGUGCCAGGCACAGCAGACCAUCUCCCUCGUCUCCAGCGACCACCAGAAGUCCGUGCAGCUCCUGCUGUCAGAAGUGCGGCUCCAGCCCUUCGACAUCCCCGCGGAUUUUGUCUUCAGUGAAGAGCACAAGUGCCCGGUGGACCAGAGGGAGCAGCUGGAAGAAACCCUGCCCCUGAUCCUGGGGCUGAUCCUGGGGCUGGUUAUCGUCAUCACCCUCGGCAUUUACCACGUCCACCACAAGCUGACAGCCAGCCAGGUGCAGAUCCCUCGGGACAGAUCUCAGUACAAACACAUGGGAUAGGGAGCAGGACCGAGCAACCCGAGCUUUUAUCAGGUAGAAAAAGCAAAAGCACUUUUUUCUGUGGGCAAGGAAAGGUUCUGGGGGGGCAAGGGAUGGUAUUCACAGCACCUAAUCCUGAGUAUUUCAUGGAAACGCUCAGGCUAAGGCUUGGCUUUAACCCAGACUCUGUAAGGAGACUCAGUGUCUGAGGUGUCUGUAGGUGGUAUGAAUACCUUCUUUAAGCAGCUGGGCUGAUCAUCUGGAAACAGAAAUGCUUCACAUGUCAGAGUUUCACACUGGAAGCACAAUUAGCUUUCUUGCUUUAUUUAUUUUUCCCCUUUUUCCCAUCUCAAGAGAUUCUUACCUCCCCCUGUAUCACCUUCGGGAGCAUUCAGCCCUCCACGUUCCUGUCCGUGAAGGAAGCAGGGCUGGGAGGCAGAGCCAUUGCACAGGGUUCAUUCAGGCCCUCUAAUGAAGGGACUCAAAACACAUCCCUAAGUUUGCACUCAUGUUAAGAAAAGCAUGGAGGCAAAUGUAGGUGUGCUUUGGAAAAAAACAAACAAAAAAAAAAUUCAAGGUCAGUAACUCCAGUGGAGCAGAUCACAGCUGUGGAGCUGACCCCACACUUGAGACUGAGUGAAGAAAGUUUGGUUUUGCUUCUUGAGCCACAUCUGAACUAAACUUAGUAGAAAAAGAAAAAAAAAAAAAAAAGAAAAAAAAGUAUUGAUGCACAAAUUAUAAAGUGCUGUGCUACUGCAAGUCAAAUGAGAAAUGCUUCUGGCUGGGCAUCCUGCACGUAUUGUGAUUGUGGUUGAGAUGUUACAUUGCUACCUGCAACUGAUACUUUUCACAACAACAACAAAAAAAAAAAACAAGAGAAAAAGAAAACAGUAAUGUUAAAGUCACUAUGCAGAUUAUUCAGGUAUAAUCUAAUGUAACAGAAAAAAUAUAAGGGAACCCUUGAAAUCGAUCCUUAAAUGUAGAUGAUUUUUAAAAUUAAUUAAAACAUGUGCAUAUAUAAUGCUUGAUUUGCCUUCUUAAUUUGAAAUGAUGUAAUGUUUUAUACUCACUCCAUGAUCCCAAUGGAAUUGGAACACAAAUACAUCAUCUGAGUGGAUGUCACAUGUAGGAUUUAUUCCAGCAGUGGUUUUGCUGCAAAUGGCUUGGUGAAGACACGGUGGUGGUUCAGUAUUCUGUGAUUUGUUGGUUGUCCCUGAUAUUCUUCUAUCUCUUGGUUGUUUUUCCUGUGUGUUGUGUGGGCAGUGAUGUGUUUUAUUCUGGCACUGUCCAGUUCCCACUGAAUCCUUUGACUCCCCUUGGCUCCAGUGUUAGCUCAGCAGGAGUUACUCCUGGCCUUGUGUCAAUUUAGGGUAUGGAAAACACUUCCUUGUUCUUAAACUGAUUUAAUUCAGAGGCUUGAUUGUUUUCUUUCAGCUUAAAACUCAAUUAAAGAGAAAUAGUAAUUUCAGUGUUGGAAAAGGCAAGAGAAGAAACUUAACUGUUCUUUAAUGCUGUUGUCUCCUUCAAAAUUUAUGGGUUUUCUGAUGAAGGUGGAUGCAGCAUAAGCCUUCCUUUAGUCCUACUUUAUUCCUGGUCUCAUUUCUAUGCCAUGCUCAGCUGUUUUCUCAUUUGGAUGCAAAAGGCAAAAUUAUGGCACUAAUGAUGACAGUGGCUUUGCCCUUUUUCUUUAGAACACCAGUGAAAGGGUUCUGGGUGAGCUUUAGACUGCCCAAGUGCCACUGCCUACAAUAGGCUGAUAAUUAAAAAAGCAAAUAGAAGGUUCUUUUAGAGGCAGUUAGAACAAGCCAGACACAGCAGGAGGGUGAAUAAAAGGAUUAAAAGUUCAUCCUUAAUAGAGAGGAGCUUUGUCCUGCCUCACCCUUGUCUGCCCUGGGGCGGGAAGGCUCUCCCAGCCAGCUCCCAUCAGCCCAGCACAUCUGCCACUGUGACAUCCCAAAGAAUACAAAAUACAAAAAGGAAGCCAACAGCUGAGCUGCAGACGCCAGAGGAGCCCCUCCACUGCCCUUUGGCUCCUGGAUAAGCCAUUCUGGCAAGGGGGCUGUGGGAAAGAUGGGAGAAGCUGCACCCAACUGGAGCCAUCCCGGUCACUUGGAGGACAUUCCCACCUGGCUGGUUUCCUCCCUUGGAAGAGGGGGGAAGUUCAGGGGUUCACGUGGAGCAGCUGAAGGCAGCAGAACCUGGGGCUUGGCUGAGCUGCAGAGUGUCAGUGCAGGAGAGGCAGGGGCUGGGGACGCCAUCCCCGGGCUGCCCUGGGAGGUGGCUGUGCCUUGCCCAGGUAAAGCUCUGCUGGUGGGUUUCCAUCCCUUGGUGUGGCUUCUCCUGUUGCACCAUGUGAGCAAGACCUGCCUGCUGUAACAGGGAGAUGCUCCCAAACAUCUGUGUGGAUUUAAGAUGGAAAAAAGGCUGAUUUAUGGUGGCCUCUGUGAACUGUUUUUAAUUAAUCCUGCACUGACCCUGUCAGGCCACUCACAGGGACUGUCCCUGCCUGACCCCAGAGCACUGAGGUGGUGGCAAUGGCCCUGGAUUAGGAAAAGCCCCCCAAAAGCUGAUGCUGCUCCUGUUGCCUGCUUGGAGGACUUCUGCUGCUUUUCAUGUCAGAGGAGGGUUUCCCUUAGGAAGCACCUGGCAUCACCUCCAAGGGGAAUGUGUGUCUGUCUGUAAGCUGUUAGGAACAGAGUUCCAGGAAUGCAAGAAUUAAUUUCUUGGUUUUCUGAACUGACAGAUUUUUGUUGUUGUUGUUGUUGGACUGAAAUAUUUUUCCUUUUUGAGGAAGGAAGGAAAAAGAAACAAUAAUUUCAUUUCAGUGACAGUUUGUGUCUCAGACUGAUGUACCUUGGUUGAAAAAGAAGUUAUUUAAGGUUUUGGGUGAAAACCUUUUAAAUCUUUUAAUUCUCUCCAUCCUUUUGCUCACAUUUACUAAAAUUGAUCUGAAUUGUCCAUUGCUUUAAGCUUUUCAAACCUAUUUGUGAAAAAUUAUGAGAGAUUAUGUCCAGCUUCCCUCCUGCCUGUCAAACUGCAGCAGCAUCUUGAGGAUGGCAGCACUUUGUUGUGAUUUAAUUUUGUAUUUAGCUUUCAUUUAUUGAUGGCUUUUAUGGGUGAGCUGCAAAUUGAAAGCUUUGCUUUAUAGAUGUUUAUGAACACAGCAGUGGAAGGUGGAUAAAUACACCUUAUCACCCUACUGAGCUCUGUGAGGACCUGUAAUAAUUAAGCACUCACUAAAGCAACUGCUAAUGACUUACAGAGUACUUGUGAUUAGGACUUUAAUUAUAAAUUACUGGUGUAUUGCUGAGGAGGGGGCUGACAUAGCCAGUAACAGUCCUGGCCUUGGCUACUACGAUUAGGAGUAUUUGGGAGUAGUUUUAGAACUGUGAGCUCAGAAAAAGCUCAUAAAAAGAAAUUCCUUAGUGACAGGUGGGAUAAUUUCGUUAUCACCCACCCUACCUGGAGCAUGGCCUCAGCUUCUGAGUGAAUGGAUGCUCUUCACACACCUUACUCGCUUGUUUUUAGGUGAUGGCAUUACAUUUUUUUCAAUGUAUUUUGAAGUAUUUACUGAUGUCAGAAACCAAAAGUAAUGGAAAUCUUCAUUUGUAAGACUUGAAGACAGCAAAUGAAAUUGUAGGUUCAUCAGCUGACUGGUGCUGCUGGGGAGACUGGGAGGAAUUGCUGUCAGUAGGUGUGAGAGAAAAACAGCUGUGAGCUACAAAUCAGGGAUGUGUAAGGCAAAAGAAGAAAGGGAUUAUUUAGGGGGCAGAGAAAGGAAGGUAGAAAUGCACUGACACUUAGAUCACUAUUUCUGUUUAAAUAUAAUUGGCACAGCUUUAUAAAUCACUGUUUCUAUUUCUAUAUAUGUAUGUGGUAUUGCACAUGUGUAUCAUAUAUAUAUGUAAGUAUCUGUAUCUAUAUAACACGUUUUUUCUUUAUUAUCUGCUUGGUCCAGUACUGUGGGACUGAGUCCAAUCUAUAAAGUGAAAAAAGGCACAGGGGGGGAAAAAAAACCCACACUGAAACUUGAAGUGUUUAUUAAUGAAUUUAUUUAACUUGCAUGUGCAUUUGUCUCACCAGUAGCUGGUGUUCCCAAAAAAAACCCCUUUGAAAUUGACAAAACUCUCAGUAAACUUGAUGAACACCGUUUAAAGUAUCUAAUGAUAAGAAAGUUGCAGAAAAUUCUUCACUUGUACAGCCUAAAAUGUGCUGAAUAUUGAAGAAAAAACCCCCACCAACCCCUUUUUUAUUCAAAGAUGGUUAAAAAAGGUAAUUUGUGGCUAGUACUAAGUUGUGCCGUUGCCUGGACUGGUGCAGCCUGGUUUCCUGAGUUGUCAAGACUACAAAAGAAAGCCCUGGGAGGCUGUGGGUGCUCCUGGCCCAGUGGGCUCUGGGAGCUGGGGGGUGGCAGGAGCCAAACACAUUUUCUUCAGUGUCUUCUUCAAAUGUGCAAACAGGGGUAGGGAGAGAGAGCAGUGGGGUAAGACACUGAUGUAAGAACAGCUAUUCCAUGUUCCAGAUCAUCCUUACCUCCUUUUCCACUUUUUUUUUUUUUUUUUUAAUUGCUUCUCUCCCUCCAAAUAUUCUUUAAGAGCAGAACUAAAGGAGCUUCUUUACUAUUGGCAACUCUUUUCUCCCAGAGGAAGAUCUUUAAGCAACAGCUCCUGCCAGGUUUAGAUGUUUGGUUAUAAUUUACUACAAUAAAUAACAAUUAAUUUAUUAACUAUGAAAUUCCGUAAUAAGAAAGAAAUUGCGUUUUCACAAAGUUGGCUUUGUGGUUCUUAAAGAUACCAUAAAAUGAGGUCAGUAAGAAAAAAAAAAACAAACCUGAAAAACAUGGCUUUUGUAUUAUACAUAAUUAAAAACAACUAAUCGUUAAUAAAUAAAAUUAGUUUCUCAUUGAAAUAAUUAUGAAGCACUUCUAAAAAUUUUAAAGGCAAAUCUAUUUAGGCCUACAGUUAACAUGCAAAGUCAUUCAACAAAUAACACAAAAUUGUACUGCAGUAGUCAACUGUUGCAUCAACAUUCAGAAAGGUCUAGACAGCAGCACGACUUCUCCUCCAUGGCAAACGCCUGGCAGCACAUCCCAACCCCUCUCCUCCCAUCCCACGGCUCUGCCUGAGCUCUGGUGCUCCCUCUGGGGUGGGGAGGAGCUCCUGCUCUCCCUCUCCACAGCCAGAGCGUGACAGAAAUCAUGGAGGCUUCUCCGGGGGCAUAAAAAGAGAGAUGGGCCAAGGCUGGGAGGGGCUGCCACUGUCACCGAGUGCCCCAAGGGAGGUGCCCC